AUGGGCAGCGAAUAUGUGAUGCUCACCUUUGGUGCCGUCGUCGCCGCCGUCUUCGUCUUCAGAGACAGCUUAUUCGGCACGUCCUCGAAAGCCCCGCCUGUUGUCAAUAAUGUAAAACCCGCCGUCGUUGGUGGCGGAGACCCUCGCGAUUUCGUUGCCCGGAUGAAGGCUGGGAAAAAGCGCCUCGUCAUCUUUUAUGGCUCCCAGACCGGGACAGCAGAAGAGUAUGCCAUUCGUAUCGCAAAGGAGGCAAAGUCGCGCUACGGGCUCGCCUCUCUGGUGUGCGAUCCGGAAGAAUACGACUUUGAGAACCUCGACGCGAUCCCAGAAGACUGCGCUGUCAUCUUUGUGAUGGCCACGUAUGGCGAGGGCGAGCCCACGGACAACGCGGUCCAGCUCAUGCAAAAUCUCGAGGACCCAGACUUCAACUUUUCAAAGGGUGAACACCGACUCGACGGUCUCAAAUAUGUCGUGUUUGGUCUUGGAAACAAGACGUACGAGCACUACAAUCUCAUCGCGCGCAAGACGGAUGCAAAGCUCGAGGAGAUGGGAGCCACUCGACUCGGCCCACGCGGAGAAGGAGACGAUGACAAGGCUAUGGAAGAAGAUUAUCUCGAAUGGAAAGAACAGAUGUGGCCCGCGCUCGCCGAGGCGCUCAACGUCGAAGAAGGCGCUGGAGGAGACACUCCCGACUUUGUCGUUACCGAAGAGAUACAUCCAGACGAAAAAGUCUUCCUCGGUGAAUUGUCUGCCCGUGCUUUGAACAAGACUCGCGGUAUUCAUGACGCAAAGAACCCAUACCCUGCGCCAAUCUUGGCCACUCGUGAACUGUUCCGUGUUGGUGGAGCGCGCAAUUGCGUUCACAUCGAACUCGGCAUUGAAGACUCGGGCAUCCAUUACCAACAUGGUGAUCACGUCGGUGUCUGGCCGACAAAUCCCGAAAUCGAAGUUGAUCGCCUCUUGCACUCUCUGGGCUUGUGGGAACGCCGAGCGACAACGAUUAACAUUAUCUCGCUCGACCCUAUGCUUGCCAAAGUUCCCUUCCCUGUACCGACGACCUACGAAACCGUUCUCCGACAUUAUAUCGACAUUUCCGCUGUUGCAGGUCGUCAAACACUCGGCAUCUUAUCCAAGUUUGCGCCGACUGAAGAGAGCAAGGAGAAGAUGAUCAAGCUCGCUACGGACAAGGAACACUAUCAUCGCAUCGUAGCCGAGGGCUGCUUGCGUCUUGGUCAAGUCCUCCAGUACGUUACCGGUCACGACAUUCUCACUCCACCGACGGCCCAGAAUACUACCGCAUGGUCUAUUCCCUUCGAGGUCAUUGUCUCGUGCAUCCCUCGUCUUCAGCCACGGUACUACUCUAUCUCGUCCUCUCCAAAGUACUCUCCCAAGGCCAUUCACGUUACUGCGGUCGUCUUGAAAUACGAAUCGAUUGAGUCACCAGACGUUCCCGCUCGUUGGAUCUAUGGGGUCGGCAGCAAUUUGUUGCUCAAUCUGCAGUAUGCUCAUAAGAGUAUGCAAAAGAAUGACCCAGAAGAGCCGAUGAUUGCAGAACCCGUCGAACUCGAGCGCUCGCACGUCCCCCACUAUGCCAUCAAUGGACCCCGAGGAGCGUAUAAUGUCGAUUCUAUUUACAAGGUUCCGAUUCACGUUCGCCGAUCGACUUUCCGGCUACCGACCAACCCGCGGACGCCUGUGAUUAUGAUUGGUCCCGGAACUGGUGUCGCCCCAUUCCGUGGUUUCGUACAAGAACGUGUCACACUUGCUGAACGUACGAUUGCCAAGCAUCCCGAAACUGGUAUCUCUGACUGGGGUACCAUGUGGCUCUUCUAUGGAUGCCGAGGUGCCAAUGAAGAUUUCCUCUACAAAGAGGAGUGGCCCAAGUAUGCAGAGGUGCUCGGAGACAAAUUCUCGAUGCAUGUUGCCAUUUCUCGCGAGGGACCCCGCAAGCCGGACGGCUCGAAGAUUUACGUCCAAGAUUUGCUAUGGCAGCAAGAGACCAGAUUCGCGAGGCGCUCGUGGAUAAGAAGGGUCAAUGCGCAAACGUCUGACAGAGGGACAAUUCGAUCUCCAGCAAAUGGAACCCAUGUCGUGCCGGAUAGCUGGGUUGAUUUCCGCUAUGCAUCAAUGGGAGAGUAUAGCGUCACUUCGUAUAACAUUUCCAUCUGGCUGUUUACGUCUGACCCAUCGGUCGGUCUCUUCACUGGCCAAGCAACGGGUGUCAGCCUCGGACAGUUUGCAUUCCCGAGUUCGACUCAUACCAACCCAAGCUUGCCAGCGCCGCCUACCAAGAUUUACAUUCCAAACUUUAGUAAGGGUGUAUCUGGAUUUCCUGAUGGAUGGGGUGCAGGCCAGAAUCAGUCGGAUGCCACGAUGUACUUGAGCGUGUUUGAAGAGUGGGGAGGAAAUGGCACUAGCUUUGGAGCACGAAUUGUUUAUGCGACGAAUAUACUCGUGUAUAAUAGUACCGCCGCUGCGUAG